AACACUCCUCACACAUGAACAUUCACAGACUACUCUGGGCCUCAGCUGCAGAGUGAACUAACAUAGUUUUGGUGAGCUCGUACAGUAUAUAUGCGCUCGUUAUCUCCAAGUCAUGCGGUUCGGCUUCCGUUACUCGUCAUCCUUGUUCUUACACCCCUUCCUCUAGUGCCAUGAUUUCCAAGAUCGUCAUAGCCCUACAUGUUGUCUUGACACUAGUCGUACUCGCAGUAACCGUCAGGACUCUACAGGAUGAAGCGAAUGAGAAGAAGGGAGUAGUGCAGGUUCUGCUACAUGAACAAGCAAAGCGCUUCGUUCAGGUUCCUGACUUGGUCGGGUCCAUCGCCACGGCGGUGCAAAGUGCCGCAGCCGGCGUGGUCACUGCCGCGGUCGCAUCAGGCGAGUCCUUGGUCGCCGCCAGUCUACCGUCUAGCAUAUCAGUGGGCACCAAAUACGCGUGCGUGGCUUCAGAAUGCGCCGCGAUUCCUGGCCACGCCUUUCGUCUGAUGCAAGACCUGGCCCCGUUUGUCCCUUCGUCCGAGGAGAUCGAACAGCUGCAGAAGCUGGUAGAUAAAUGCCCUAACCUGGAGACCGUUUUGUUCGCCGGGCUCGGCUUGGUUUUGGUGUCGACUACACUGCUACUUGCCGGGCUCAAGUUCAGGCUGCUUCGCUUCGUAUCGCUGGGGCUGGACGUUGUCGCCGCCGUCGUCUUCGCGGUGGUCACGGCCUAUACGGUCUCUCUCUACAAGACAUCUCAGGCUGUGGCAGGCCUGCUUGGAGUCGAAGCGAGCAAGGGAGACGUUUUUGGAGCAUCUAUCGCAGACUUGACCCUGUGUCUGAUUAUGACUGCGCUCGCUAUCGCGCAGACUGUACUGUAGAAAAGGGAUUGAGAUGAUCGGGGGUUCCGGCGGGUGAUG